ACAAUUUAAAACAUGUUUUUUUCUUUUAAAUUUUGUUCCUUACAAUGACUGUAAAACAUCCUACUAUGCUUGGACAUUUUUGGGCCCUUUUAAUAUCCAAUUAUACUUAUUACUUCCAAGACAGCUGAUAUUUGCUUGGGUACUAUUAUACAUAAAAUAGUAGUAAUUGCCCUGUCCUAUUUGUAUUUUGAGUAUUUAUGUGUGUAUUUAUCUGCACAAAGAAUCCACAACCUCUGAUAUUCUUACUUGUCACGGCCAGCCUCAGAAGUAAAUAAUCAGGUGAAUAAUUGCGCCCUCUUGUGGUGAAAGUAGUGAAAAUAGCUCCCAUACAGCGUCAUCAGCCAGUGUUAGUUUCUAUUGAUUGCUGACUGUUCAAUUGUGGUAGUUUUAUGAUGUUCAUCAUUGCAGUUGCUCUGAAUUACAACCUAAUUUCAAAGACUAAUAAACAACAGGUUGAAUGAUUGACUUCUAGUGUUGACCUAUUGGAGACAAAGUCCACCAGCUAGGGCCCCGCCUACAUAUUUGUGCUUUCGUCCAAUCAGAACAGUCCCUGCACAGAGACAGGGGCGGGACUGUCGCAUCCCGGAGGAAGGUAACAGGUUGCAGUCGCCGCCGCAUAAUGAACUCUUUUCAGCGACUAUUUGCUUCUUCUUCCUGAGAUUUUUUUGGAUGCAAGUGUGGGAAAGUAGGCGACGCGUCUACCCCGGAGUGGAACCGAAGUGACGCAGAGGAGAAAGGGAAGCGAGGGAAAAGUACGAGUGUCGGCAGCAUGAACACAUCAUCCUCCGCUCACAAGACUCCAGUGGACCACGGGGUCCAGAUCCGCUUCAUCAAUGACCUCCACGAAUACGGCGGAGUGCAGCCCGGCCCUCAACCCAAAACAAAGUCUCAGACCUUCUCCAAGUACGGCGUGGCGGUCAGGGUGCAGGGCAUCGCGGGACAGCCGUACGUGGUCCUGAAAGACGGCAAGAAGGGCGACUCGUACGGAGUUCAGCUCAGGACUCAGUACCCGUCCGGCUACGGUAGCCUCCCCCGCAGGAGGGACAGGGGUGAGCCAGCAACAUAUGACGUGGAAGAAGGGGGGGCGCUACGCCGGGCCCAAUCCCAUGGAUCGCUCCUAGAUAGGGAGGGAGGGGCUGGUGAUGAGGAGUUUCAGCUGUCUCGGCCCCCAGGGGAUGGUAAGUCGGGUAGCUAUGGCAACCUGGACAGCGGGCUGGGCGCACGAGGAGAAAGAGAACCGGCUCGGAAUGUCUGGGACGGUUCUUAUCAGGCAAGACCGAACGGCUCGGCGGGGUCGCUGGUGAGCGACAGCCGGGUCUUCACGAGCGCCCCGCAGCACGCGCACCGGUUUGACGACGACAGAAGUGGAGGUCAGCAGCGAGGCCCGUCUCCUUCCCGCGACCCCAGAGUCACGGGGCAUCCGCGUGGCAACGCCCACCAUUACCCGUUGCCUUCAUCCUCAAACCACAGCAGCCCGGCACGCGGUCAGAACGCUCACACCGACAUCCCUGGACACCCGGCAAAUCAGCGGACAUCGGGCCGAUACGUUGCUGUGGAGACGGAGCCACAAGUGACCCCUGAUCUGCUGCUGGACCAGAGUGCGGAGAUGAGCAGCGAGGAGCAGAUCAUGCAGACCAUGUACAGCAUCCUGAGAGAAGGGACCAAUGAGAGCGACGUUUCCAUCAAGCAUAAAGUCAACAUCAUCUGCCAGAGGAUUCACAACCUUCAGUACAAAGAAGCACCCCCGGAUUUGAGGAGGGAAAAGAGGGAACUAGAGAGGAAGGUGGUGGAGCUCCAGAACGCCUUGCAGAAAGAACGGAGGGGCUCCGUUAGCCACGCGGAUAAAGCUCUGAAAGACGAGCUGGAAACCUGCUUGGACGCUAAUCUACAGCUGCAGGAAACGCUGGACCGGAAGAAGAAAGAGCUGAGUGACAGCCACUCUGAACUGACUCAGCUGCGCAUCGAGAGGGAGAAUGCGGAGGCCCGUGCCAGGGACAUGGAGGACCAGCUGGCCGAGCUUCAAGAUGAAUUGAGAAGAGAAAAUGGCAACAAGGCGGACGUGGCCACUCUGGAGGCGCAGCUGAUGGACGUCUGUCAGCUGAAGCAGAAGCUGGAGGAGGCCCUGCGCCAGCGGGAGAGGGAGCUGACGGCGCUGAAGGGAGCUCUGAAGGACGAGGUGGCCACGCACGACAAGGAGAUCGAGGUGCUCCGGGAGCAGUACAGCGCCGACAUGGAGAAACUGAGGAGCAGCAUGGAGCAGGUGUCUCAGUCUCAUGCGGGCAUAGAAGCCGAGCGCUUGCGCGUCAACACGUCCGUUCGCACCCUCCAGCAGCAGCUGGAGGACUGCAGAGACGAGAGCAGCCACUGGAUGGAGCAGUUUCACAACGCCAGGGACGAACUUCGCUCUGCCAAACAGGAACUCCUCCAAGCACGACUGGAAAAAGAAGAGAGCGAGGAGGAACUGAAGGAGCUCCAGGACAAAUUGAACGCAAUGAAACAGCAGAUACCGGAUCAGAGCCACAAACAAGCUCUCAGCCAGGAGCUGGAGCGGAGCCACGCUGAUCUGCGUAAAGCAAAGUCGGAAACGGACAAGCAGAGGACAGAGUUUGACAAAAAGGUGAUGGAGAUCAUCUCCAUCAAAAAGGCCCACCAGGAACAAGAAGCAGAGCUGAAAUACGAGAUCGACCGGCUCAAGAACCAGUUGCAGAGGGCCAAAGAUGACUUUGCCAAGGCCCAGGAGAAAAGCAAACGGCUCCCGGAUCCCUCCACCAUCUCAGAAUUGGAGCAGAAGCUGAGCGAGGCACACAAUGAAUCCAGCCAGCUUAAAGAAAAACUGUCAUUGACGGAAGAGGAGCUGGAGGCCAGCAAAGCCCGUUUUAGCAGAGCUCAGGUGGACCUCACAUCCUUGGAAGACGCCCAGAAGGAGCAGAAGGAGUCCAACACACGUCUCAAGGACAAACUCUCUCGCUUGGAGGCUCAGCUGCAGACCAACGCUGCUGAGAGCUCAGAGGCCGAGCUCGCCCUCCACGCCGAGGUGAGAGGCCUGAGAUCCGAGCUGGACGAGACCAAGAGAAAAACCUCGCGCUUGAAUCAGGAGCACCGUGAGCUCAGCCAGCGUGUGGAGGAUGCGGAGAAGGACAAGGAGGCGCUCAAACAGAGCCUCGGCCAGGUGGAGGAUAUCAAACGACAGCAGGAGAGAGCUCUGGAGAAGAUCAACAAGGAGUUUGAGUCUCUGACCGCGUCCUCCACCAGAGAGUUGCAGGCUCUCAGGGAUCAACUGGAGGAGCAGAGAGAGCGCGCACGCAAGGAAAUGCAGGAGGCGCAGCGUCACGGAAGCGACGCUCAAAGCGAACUGGACAGAAGUCACACAAAUCUGAGGCGACUGGAGGAGGAGAUGUCACGGCAGAAGAAGGAGCUCCUGCUGGCGUGUGAGGAGAGAGACAACCACCAGCUGGAUAAAGAGAUGCUCACCAACAGACUUCGACACCUGGACGGGGAGAUGGAGGCGGGGAAGAACAACCUCAAUGAGAAGAUCAGAGAGAUUCGUAUCCUGGAGGACAAGUUGAAGCGUUUGGAGCUGGAGCUGGAGGAGGAGCGGAGCAGCGCCGAGAUGCUGACGGAGCGCGUGUCCCGAAGCAGAGACCAGAUCGAUCAGCUGCGCUCGGACAUCAUGCAGGAGCGAUCGUCCAAACAGGACCUGGAGUUGGACAAGAACGCCAUGGAGAGACACCUCAAGGAGCUGCGGGGUCGUCUCGCCGACAUGGAGGGCCAGUCUCGCUCCUCGGCUGGAGUCUCUCAGCUGGAGAGCAAAAUCCAGGAGCUCGAGGAGCAUCUCCGGAGUGAGGAGAGAGAGAAGAAUUCUGUUUUGGCGUCCCAGCGGCGUCUGGAGAGGAAGCUUAAAGAGCUGAACAUGAUGCUGGACGAGGAGAGACAAACAUACACGGAACAAAAAGAUCAGCUUUCUCUCAAAGUGAAGGCCCUGAAGAGGCAGGUGGACGAAGGCGAGACGGAGCUGGAGAGGGUGGACACGCUGAGGAGGAAGGCUCAGAGAGACAUGGAGGAGCAGAUGGAGCUCAAAGAGGCCUUGCAGUCGCGGGUCACCGCUUUGGAAACGGAGCUCAAGAGGAAAGCCACAAUGCGGCCCGUGUUGGAUUCAUCGGCUCUCAGCUCGGAUGACGACGACAGCAUUUACGACCCGUCCUCCAUCACCUCCAUCCUCACUGAGGGCAACCUCCAGACCAGCUCCUGUUGAAGCCUAGCUCACCUUUAGCCCAGUAGUCCAGACCAAGGAAGGGAGUGUUGUAAAGGUUAGUAGGGUACGCAUUCUCCACUUAAGGAGUGAAUUGAAGGAAGCCCAACUUCCUCUGUGGUCAAGGGGACUUCCUUCUGGGAGGUAGACGAGUAGACUGACAAAUGAAGGGUGAGCUCCAUUGCUGCUCCACUUGGUACAUGGUAUUAGCUUAUAUAUAGUUCCCCUCCAAGGCUGAAUAAGUCUACUAUUUCUAUGCAUUGUUUUUUAUAUAAAGCCACAGAACACAUCAUGGAAUUACGAUGCCUUCCAAUCGAUCAUGAAAAUGUCGAUGUUUGUAUUUAUGUAAUGUUUCUAGUCUGAAUUUGGAUCCACUUUGAACAAUCCCUGAAGUAGAUUUGCUGCACUGGGUUGUUUGUCUUAACGUGGGAUCGUCGUAAUUAGCUUUGAUAGCGCUAUCAUGUCGUUGCUAACCAGGUACCUUUCUGACUGUUUGCUUUUGUAUUACAUUUGCAUUUAGUAAAGAAAAAAAUGACUUUUUUCAUCACUAUCGCUAUCACUGUGUGUAUUUUGGGGCCUUUUUUUUCACUUCCAUGCGGUAAUUUGAAGGAGUCGCGCUGACGUGCCCUCCGUCACUCCUCCAACGGAAUGUGUCAGCUUUUUAGGAAGCGAUCACAUCACUCACUAACGAGCUUUUUAAAAGCGUGACUCAGAAAUACUCAGCAAAAGUGACGUUUGACGGCGGCCUUGAAAUAUAAAAUACUAUCAUUUUGUCACAGAACAAAGAGCAUGUUUGGACAAAAUCAAGGAUCAAAACCAGGAUUACAAAACGGACCGGUCAAUACCACCUUUUACUGGGAAAAAGUAUACACAGAGUUCCCUCGCUUAUCACAGGGAUAGGUUCUCAAAAUAGCCCACAAUAAGUGAACACUAUAUACACAUUUUCUCAUAGUUUUCUCUCGUUCAAUCAAUAAAGUUCAGACCUUUGUCAUGGACCAGAAUGUCAUGUGAUGACCCCUACAUCAAUCAUCCUACGAGGUUGGACUCAUGAAAUGAUGAAGUGACUCGUGUAUUUCCUCUGAGCGUGCCUCUUUGUCAUCCUGGUGCCGUUACACUGUAGCGUUUUUGUGUCUUUGUUAAAACCUAUGAAGUAUAUCUGUGUAUUUUCCUUAUUUUUCCGUCCUCCUUUAGUAAUGGCGUCCUACAGCUGCAACUUCUUCCUCCUCCCUCUUCGAUCACAGGUGCCUUUCACAGUACACAACGUUUUGACGACAAUGUGGGUGUUGCCGGGGAUAUACUAUACUGUAUAUGUAUGUAUGUAUGUACAAGAAAUCAAUCACUUGUAGACUCUGUAUGUAGGGUUGUCUGAUAAUUAUCGUUACCAAUAAUUAUCGGCCCAAUAUCAGCUUACAAAUGUGACAUCAGUAUCAUAUUUUCUCCCAAUCAUGAAAACUAAUAUUAAAAAAACCCGCUGUAUACAACACACGUGUUCAUUCCACUACAGGGGAUAUGUCAUGUUACAUCGUUAUAUCGGUAUCUGUAUCAGCUGAUAUCGGUGUCAGAAAUUCAGAGUUGGACAAUAUCGGACAUCCCUAACUAUAUGUGAUACUCCAGGGCCGCACAGUCAGAAGACCUGGGUUCGAAUCCCUGCUCCGGUUUCCUCCCACAUUCCAAAAACAUGCAUGUUGGGGUCAUUGGCGACUCCAAAUUGUCCAUAGGUAUGAAUGUGAGUGUGAAUGGUUGUUUGUCUAUAUGUGCCCUGUGAUUGGCUGGCCACCAAAGUCAGCUGGGAUAGGCUCCAGCAUACUGCUGCGACCCAACUAAAGACAGGCGGCAUAGAAUGUACAGCAUACAUGUACCACUGUUGGGGGGGAAAAAACAUAUAUAUAUAUAACAUUUAUCAAGCAUUGGGAUUUCACGCUUUGUCCGGGUGUCCUUGAAGGCACCAUAGUUGCUGUGAGACGCAACACUGAAACUCAUCUUUCUACUUGAAGUGUGUUUUAAUAAGUGUGAGGAAUAUUAAAGAGAGAAGCGGCCACCAACAGAAUCACUUUUAUUGCAAAUGUUGCUCCAAAAUCAGAGUAUGUCAAACUGUGUGGAAAAUAUAGAUUUAUAUUGCGUCUCAAUUACUGGUGGAUUUUCACCAUUCCCACAGUAACCCCCAUGAAAAGAGUGUUAAAGUCGAAGGGGCCAGUUUAUGUAUUUUUCAGUAUGUAUUUAUAAUAAAGCUGAUAUUCUAUUGACUCCAAUGAAG